AGUCACCAGACUUGUUUUUAGUAAUUGUAAUGUCAAUUAAGUAACUUAAAACUAUGUGGAUUUUAUUAAAAUGCAAUAUCGUUGCGUAACAUGAUUCAAGUCACUUGGAAGAUAAAACACGUACUCGUAUCUGUGGUAUUUUUAUUGAUUCUGCUAUUGAUAUUUUUCGCUAAAUAUAACAGCAAACACAAUGCUGCGCAAAAAACUGGACAAUAUCUCUAUAAGAAAUUCGUUUUUAACGACGAAAUCGAGUAUAAUAAGCAGCUUCUACAAGAGGCGUCUGAUCGCAUCCAAGAACUCGAGAAAAAAAUUCUAGCUUUAGAAUCGCAGGUGCCUAAGUCGUACCCGGAUGUAAAAUUUCUGAACUACCUCUCAAGGAAACGUAUUUUGAUAACGGGCGGCGCUGGCUUUGUAGGUUCACAUCUAGUAGAUAGGUUAAUGCUGCAAGGUCAUGAAGUUAUAGUAGCUGAUAAUUUUUUCACAGGCCGCAAACGCAAUGUCGAACAUUGGAUAGGUCAUGAAAAUUUCGAACUAAUUCACCAUGACAUAGUCAACCCUUUGUUUAUCGAAGUUGACGAAAUUUACCACCUUGCUAGCCCCGCCAGCCCCCCACAUUACAUGUACAAUCCUGUGAAAACCAUCAAAACCAACACUCUAGGUACAAUUAAUAUGUUAGGGCUCGCACGAAGACUGAACGCUCGGAUUUUAAUAGCGAGCACUUCAGAAGUGUAUGGGGAUCCUGACAUACACCCGCAACCGGAGACGUACUGGGGGCACGUUAACCCCAUUGGACCCAGAGCCUGUUAUGACGAAGGUAAGAGGGUUUCAGAAACCCUCACCUAUGCUUACGCCAAACAAGAAAACAUGCAAGUGCGCGUCGCCCGAAUAUUUAAUACGUAUGGACCAAGAAUGCACAUGAACGACGGCCGAGUCGUCUCUAACUUUAUCCUGCAAGCCCUCCAAAACGACGUCAUCACAGUGUACGGAUCAGGCGACCAAACUCGCUCUUUCCAGUACGUUUCCGACUUAGUUGAUGGUUUAGUGGCAUUAAUGGGCAGCAACUACACCCAACCAAUCAACUUGGGGAACCCAGUUGAGCACUCCAUUAUUGAAUUCGCCUCCAUUAUUAAAGGGCUCGUGGGCGGGCGCAGCAAAAUUAAACAUUUGGCUCAAGUCGAAGACGACCCCCAGAGGCGCCGCCCCGACAUCACCCGAGCCAAAAAAUAUCUCAACUGGGAGCCAAAAGUGGACCUUAACGCCGGACUGCAUAAGACUGUCAACUACUUUAAGCAUGAAUUGCACCGAUUCAAGCACUCGCAGAGGAAUAAGUUUUUACCAGAGAAGCCAUAACGUAUUUAUUGUUACAAGUGAUUGUGAUAAUUUGUUGUGUUUUGAUUUUUAAUAAAUUUUGAACGAA